AUGCGCCUUCUUACGUCUGCAGUGCCACUGUUGCAAUGUGUAGCGGUAUGGUCACUUUUGGUGCUGCGUACGGGAUGUGGCUCUGAGUCGUUGCGGCAGGCGCCCUGCGCAGCCUUCCUGGGCGCGCUUGGCCUCUUUGAGGCUGCCAUCGCACUCAUUGGCCCGGCUUCGGCCUUAUCGCGCGGAUUCCAAACCCGAUCGCGCCAUAGCAUUCUAUUCGUAUCGCGUGACGGCCCGUUCCUCCACCGCCGCCACGCGCCGCUUCGGGCGCACAAUUCCAGCGUCGCCGUUGAGGUCCGGCCGGGCGUAGGCGGCACAGAGGCGUCCAUGUGGGCCCAGGAGUUGGCUAAGACGUUCAAGAAGUUCUGCUUGUCCAGGGGCUGCACCGUACGCGAAGAACUGUGCGGCACAACGACGGUGUUGCGCAUCACCGGGGACGACAGCAAGUUCCGGGAGAACGGCUGUAGCGGGUUGGAGGAGCGGUUUUUGCGGGAGGCUGGCAUCCACCAGGUGAAGCGAGUCCCUACAAGUGAGAAAUCGGGUCGCAUGCAUUCCUCCACCGCCACCGUGGCCGUGCUGCCGACCGAGCUCACGGAGACCCAGUUCGACUCGAUCCUGAGCCAGGUGGUGAUCGACCCGCGCGACAUCGAGUGGAAGACGUGCCGUUCUAGCGGCGCGGGCGGCCAGAACGUCAACAAGGUUGAGACCGCCGCCGCGUUACGGCACAAGCCGACCGGCAUCCGCAUCGAAUGCCAGGAGGAGAGGACCCAGAGCAAGAACAAGGAGAUCGCGCUCGAGCGUCUGCGGCUGCAGCUGGCGCGGGAGCGGGAGUCCGACGCCCGGGAAGACGCCCAGAGUCGCCGCAUAUCGCAGAUAAAGCGCGCGAAGCGCUCGGAGCGUCUGAAGACGUACUUCUUCAACACGCACCAGAUCAUCAACGACCGCUGCGGAUGUAAAUACAACCUGAACGAUUUCCUGCGGUGUCGGCUGGACAACGUCGACUGCGAGCACUUUUAA